CAUUUCUGAAAUUCACCGGGAACGUGGAAGUUUGUGUCAAAGAUUUCUUUUUAUUCUAUUUAGUUAUCUUGUAUAUUAGAGGCAAAACAAAAGAACCGAUAUGUCAAGUUCAGCGUCUGGCGAUGGAACAGAAGCUGCCGAUAGGAAUGUCGAAAUAUGGAAAAUUAAGAAGUUAAUCAAAAGUUUAGAAGCAGCCAGAGGGAAUGGGACUAGCAUGAUUUCCCUUAUAAUACCACCUAAGGAUCAAGUAUCCAGAGUWGCUAAGAUGUUGGCAGAUGAAUUUGGCACAGCCUCAAACAUCAAAAGUAGAGUUAACAGACUGUCAGUACUCAGUGCAAUCACAUCUGUACAACAAAGGCUCAAAUUAUACUCCAAAGUUCCAACCAAUGGUCUUGUCGUUUAUUGUGGUACCAUUGUCACUGAUGACGGCAAGGAAAAGAAAGUUAAUAUYGACUUUGAACCCUUUAAGCCAAUCAACACUUCCUUGUAUCUCUGCGAUAACAAAUUUCAUACAGAGGCUUUAAAUGCUCUAUUAGCUGAUGAUAAYAAGUUUGGGUUUAUUGUUAUGGAUGGUAAUGGAGCUUUAUUUGGUAUUCUUUGUGGGAACACCAGAGAAGURCUACACAAAUUCACUGUUGAUCUCCCUAAAAAGCAUGGUCGUGGUGGACAGUCUGCUCUWCGUUUUGCACGUUUAAGAAUGGAAAAGCGUCAUAAUUAUGUUCGUAAAGUGGCAGAAACAGCCGUUCAACUGUACAUUUCUAAUGAUAAGCCAAAUAUAACAGGACUCAUAUUAGCAGGAUCAGCAGACUUCAAAUCGGAACUGAGUCAAUCCGAUAUGUUUGAUGGUCGUCUUCAAGCCAAAGUUUUAAAACUGGUUGAUGUUUCUUAUGGAGGGGAAAAUGGAUUUAAUCAGGCUAUAGAGCUGGCAUCUGAAGUCUUAGCUAAUGUCAAGUUUAUCCAGGAAAAGAAAUUAAUAGGAAAAUAUUUUGAUGAAAUUUCACAAGAUACUGGAAAAUACUGCUUUGGUGUUGAAGAUACACUCAAGGGUUUAGAAAUGGGUGCUGUAGAUACCCUGAUAGUCUGGGAAAACCUUGACAUUCAAAGAAUUGUACUUAGAAAUCACCAGUCAGACGUUGAUAAGGUUUUACAUYUGAACCAUGAACAAGAAAAAGACAAGACCCAUUUCAUAGAUAGUGAGAGCGGUGUUGAGCUAGAACUUGUUGAGAAAAAUCCACUUCUAGAGUGGCUUGCAAAUAAUUAUAAAUCAUUUGGUGCAACCCUAGAAAUUAUCACAGACAGAUCCCAAGAAGGUGCUCAAUUUUGUAAAGGAUUUGGUGGAAUUGGAGGUAUCCUGAGAUACAGAGUCGAUUUCCAGGGAAUGGAAUACUUGGGUGACCCACUUGAUGACUAUGAUGAUGAAGAAUACUAAWUAGACCAUGCUCAUUAUUGAACAUUAUAUUAGUCAAACUUGCAUUACAAAUACCACAUUGGUCAAAUGCUAGACASCUGCAGAAGUUUUUAUUUCUUUGUUUAUAUUUGAACACCACAUAUUAGAGCACUGGUGACUGUUAGCUUUGAGUGGAAUCUUAAAUAGACCUAAUCGGCUAGCGGCGUUGCUAUUUACGUUGCCACCCAAUUCAAAUCCUAUGGGAAAAAGAACUUUUGUUUCUAAGAAUUCAACUGUGAAAUGAAAAUACAACGAGCAAUGAAACUUACUCUUGGGUGGUUUGAAUUGGGUUGAAGCCGAUUAGGUCUAUUGAUGUUUUCUUGUUAGUAWACACAGUUCAAUAGGAUGGGAAAUGAAAAAAAGAAAUGUUUUGGUGAUGCUGGUAUUGCUUCCCAUUUAGAUGGAAUCCACUACAUUUAUUAGCAUUCACUGGACGAGAAGCAACACCAAAAGCAUUCCUAAUUGUCUACAUUAGUUAGCUUGUUGAAGUCAUUCAAAACUUAUCUAAAAAAAAGCUUUGUGAAAAGCACUAUACUUCAUCUACCUGUAGCAUGCAUGCAUCAAUAAUAAUCUGCUUGCACUAAACCUAUUAAGAUUGCAGAUAGAAUGGUUGACUGUAUAAGUUCACAUAUAUGCAUCACUAAUGUGAUGAAGAUUUUGUUUCUGCCUAUUGUAGUAGUAGUGUGAACGGAUCUAAAUUCCAAGUGUUAUAUAUCUGACAAUAACAGUACCUUAAAUUCUAAUCCAAUGAAAUGAUGAAAAUAAAAGCACUCAACAGUAAAUCACA